GACAUGAAAACUGAAUCAAUAAAGAAAACAAUAAGCAAUGAGAAGAAACCUGAUGCUCCAGCAGAAAACUUCACAUGUGUUGAGAUUCAAACACCGCCCCAGUCUGACCAGUCUGACCCAGCUCAACCCCAGUCUGACCAGUCUGACCCAGCUCAGGCUGCAGCAUGCGCCCCUGCUGUUGUCAGCAGGAGUCAGCAGGACCUAAUGAUGUGCAAAGCAAUGUGCAUUGGUAUUGCCUACUCAUCCAACAUUGGUGGCAUCACCACACUGCCAGGAACCUCUCCAAAUCUCAUCUUCUCUGAGUAUCUCAAUCAGAUUUACCCAGAAUGCAACUGCAUCAACUUUGGGAACUGGCUCCUGAUGUGCCUUCCCAUCAGUGUCAUCAUGCUCCUGCUCACAUGGAUCUGGCUGUACUGGUUGUUCCUUGGCUCAGACUUUACGUUCCUGUGGCAGUGUAAUGGAGUGCAGUCUGGGAAAGAGAAAGCAGCAAGAAAAGUUAUAGAGGAAGAAUACAAGUCAUUGGGAGCAAUCAGGCCUCAGGAGAUCUUCACUGGCAUGGUUUUCCUGCUGAUGGUGUUGUUGUGGUUAACCAGAUCUCCAGGUUUCAUGCCUGGUUGGGCUUCUCUCUUCCCUCAUCACUCAGGCUAUAUCACGGAUGCUACUGUGGCCCUGCUGCUGGGUUUCUUGUUUUUUAUCAUCCCUGCCCAUGGACCUGACAAGAAAUAUGAGGCCAUGAUCUCCUGGGAGGAAUUUCAAGCCUUGAUGCCAUGGAAGGUUGCCCUGCUGGUUGGUGGAGGAUUUGCACUUGCCGAAGGAGCAAAGGUUGUGUUUACCUUUUUGAGUGAAAAAAAUGCCUCAUGCAUUUAUUGUUCCUCUGGAACAAUAAAUGCCAAUGAUACCUCAGCAUACUCAAUUUACUAA